GAAAGCAUAUUAUCGGCCCAGAUAACGGGUGUCUGUCUCGUUGAUGUCUUUCAGCAGGAGUGUUUGCUGUGCUCGGUGCACAAUUAUGCCAUGGACCGAACCUCUCAGGAGUAGCUACCAUCUCGAACAGUCACUGACUGGUUGGUAUUGAAGAGCCUGCGCAAAACUGGGAGACCCAGAAACACACCCCAUUCUCGUCGAAUGUCACCGUUUUGCUUUGACCUCUGUGGGUACUCUUUAUCGGCUUUCCGAGGGACUUACUGGCUAGGGCACUUUCCGCACGAUUUUGGCGCCUGUGCGGCUUGCCGAGGGAUUGGACUGAAACGGAAAAAAGGGGCAGUUUGAGAACAUGGCCCGACACCAUCGACACAUGCCAAUUUCCCCAAAAUGCUCCGGGACUCGGGAAAGGGUCAAACGUUGCCUGGGAGGGACUAUGAGAUGCACCUCUUUUCUCCAAUCCGCUGUGGCUUCUCUUCCCUCGUCUUGACCUCGUAUCUUCUUGAGCCUCAUCUGUUAUACGUGUUGACAAUAACCGCACACAAGUGACCAGCAACCCGCCGAAGCGUACAGCAUCGAAGAAGAUGGUCGCCAUGAAGAAAUCAGCCCUCGCACUGGCGAUGGCUGCCGCGGUCAGCGCUCAGAACUCGUCCGUUAUCAAUGUUUUCAUCCCCGAUGCGGACGAUCAAACUCUUCUGGGAUCCCUCAUUGCCUCCGAUGCCUCCAAAACCACGAUGGCGAUCUCAUGUCCAACCAACGCCGAUAUGAGCGAAUGCGGAUUCGGCCCUGACGCAGUUACCAUCACGUUCGGCCCGUCAACUUUCCGCGCGGCAGAGACCCUCGACCCAUUGUCGCUCGUGCUCGACUGCAACGUAAAAGGAACAACAGCCGCCACUUGCACAGAGACAUACAUCGGACCCGCAGACAUCCUGGAUACGGAAACGGCUACGGCCACUGACUCGUCGACGGUAACCGACACCGAUACCAAAAUGAUCACCACGACCACUACGACGGUCCUGUCGCAGUCCGAAAUCGUUUUCAUUCCAGUGACGAUCACCGCGUUCGCCGAUUCCAGCAACAACACUGGUGCUAGCACCACUGGGGCCAGCGGUAGUGCAUCCACAGCUUCGUCAACCGGGUCUGAGAGCAGUGGCGCGGCGUCUAGCAGCACGAGUACAAGUACAAGUGCAACUGGGAUCGCGACAGAUCAGGGCAGCAGUGGCGUAAGCAUUGGCGCCACUCGCUGGGAGUUGGUGUCCGCAGCGGGAGCCGGGCUGAUUGGGCUGACGCUUAUCUUGUUGUAAAACCAGGCGUGGGUGGUUGCGCAUAUCGUCCAAGCAUAGCAAGGGAGCAUGGGAGAAGCGUGGCAACAAAUUGGCAAUACAAGGGACAAGUAUGACGGCAUAUCUUUGGCUGCUUGUGGGACUCUGGAGCAAAGAGAUACACCAUAAUAAUAAGACUACACCCAACAAGACACCAAUCGUCAGCAACAGAUUCAUCGAUCGAUUGGCCUGCCUGGCUCGAUCCUCCGCGCCUCAGCUUGCAAGCGGUGACCAUGCCCGGAUCUCAUGUCCGGGGCAGAUGCGGACCGUUUUGGUGCAGCUUGUUUGGCGAGAGGAUGACGUACCCUAUUACAUGGCUGAUUGUCACCGCGUUGUUGUUUCCCUCGUCCUAUCUCCCACUGCCUGAUUCCCUCGUUCUUCGUUCUGUUUCACUGAGAGAGGUGAGAAGAACACUGAUCACGAGGCUGGGCUGGCCCAGGAAUUCUCCCAUGUCCAAUUGAGUUUUGUUUCUUUCUCCCCAGUGCCUUCCUCGUU